CCAUCUCAGGAAAUAAUGAGCCAAAAACAAGAGAGAGAGAGAGAGAGAGAGAGAGAGAGAGUAAAAAAAAGAGACUCAUUUCUAGAGGAAGAAAGGGAAGCAGAAACAGCGAGGUUUUUUAGCGAGAAACAUAGAGAUGGGACAGAUCGUGAAGAGGAAGAAGAAAGGAAGACCAUCCAAGGCAGAUCUAGCUCGGCGGUCGUCGGGGCAGAAUCCGGCGGUUACUGAGCCUAAUCGACGGCGCAGUCUCCGGCGCCGGAAUGUGAGGUAUAACAAUUUUAUCGACUACGAUGAUUACCUGGACGACUUCGAGGAGUACGAGGAGAUUGAAGAAGAAGAAGAAGAAGAAGAAGAAGAAGAAGAAAGGAGGAAAGAGAAAAAGCUCAAGCUAGUACUCAAGCUCAACAACCAGGAACAGAGCCGCAACAAAGCGGCGCGUGCAUGUCACGCAUACAGAGAUCACGCCCGCAGAGAUUCUGCGGCGUCUUCGUCGGAGGAGGAGGUAGACGAGAGCGAAAAGAAGCCAUUGAAGGAGAGGAAAAUCAACGGCGGAGAUGAUAGUGAAGCAGAGGACGAGAGUGAAAAUGACCAUGGAAAUGAAGAUGAUAACGAUCAAGAGGAAAGGGAUCGAAAAGCUGAUGCCAAAGUGCAGGAAUCUGUACCAGGGACACCAACUAAUCAUCCAAAUGGGUUGCCUAUGCCUGAUAAGAGGUCGCUCGAGUUGAUUCUAGACAAGCUUCAAAAGAAGGACACAUAUGGCGUUUAUGCAGAACCGGUGGAUAUUGAAGAGCUACCUGAUUAUUUUGACGUAAUUGAGAAUCCAAUGGACUUUGCCACAGUGAGGAAGAAACUGGCGAAUGGGUCAUACUGGACCUUUGAACAAUUUGAGAGUGAUGUGUUUUUAAUUUGCUCAAAUGCAAUGAAAUACAAUUCACCAGAGACCAUAUAUCAUAAGCAGGCAAGAGCUAUCCAAGAGCUAGCAAGGAAGAAGUUCCAGAAGUUAAGGAUUGACUUAGAACGCUCUGAGAAGGAGCUUAAUUCAGAACAGAAAGCAAAACCCAACUUCUUGGCAAAAAAACAAAUGAAGAAGCCUUUGAGCCGGACUGUGCAGGAACCUGUAGGCUCUGAUUUUUCUUCAGGUGCCACUCUUGCCACCACUGGUGAUCUCCAGAAUGGUAUUGUUGCUGCCCAAGCUAGUGGCUGUGACAGACCUAGUAACAUUGAUGUUCCUAUAGAGGGUACCUCUUCCCUGGUUGAUAAUACUAUGGAGAAAGCAGAAGAACUAUCAUCAGGGAAGGGUUUCCUAUCGAAAUUUGCAAAGAAGUCAUCCAUGCUUGAUGAAAACCGCCGUGCUACUUAUAACAUAUCAGAUCAACCUGUGACCAGAUCAGAAUCUAUUUUUACAACGUUUGACAGUGAAAUCAAACAGCUGGUUGCUGUUGGGCUUCAUGCAGAUUAUUCUUAUGCUAGGAGCUUGGCUUGCUUUUCUGCAAUGCUUGGACCUGUAGCAUGGAAAGUUGCCUCUCAGAGGAUUGAGCAAGCACUACCCCCAGGGUGUAAGUUUGGUCGUGGGUGGGUUGGAGAGUAUGAGCCACUGCCAACACCAGUUCUAAUGUUUGAAACACGUACACAGAAAGAAUGUACUUUGUUUACAAAGUUACAAGGUGCUGCUGAUGCAAUAAAAAGUGACUCAACUUCAAGGACCCCAAUUCCUGCCAAGGAAAAUCAUGCUAGAGCACCGACUUCAGAAGGAAAACAGUCUUUGUUUCGUCCAACUUGUGGACCUAUCUCAGAAGGAAGACUGUCCAUGUUUUCUUCCACUGGAUCAAAACCCAGUACCCCUUUCCUUGUUAAUCCUGCUUAUCAGCAGCAAAACCUUCCGCCUAGGAAUUUUGCUGAGGCUCAAAAUAAGGCUUCAAAACAAGUUGAACUCAACUUGCCCCCAUCAAGCUAUCCACAUGAUGCUGAUGUUGCAGAAAAGCAUCUCCCUAAUAAUUCAGAAACAGCAACUCCCAAGUCAAGGGAGAUGCCAAGGACAGUGGGUCUUGUACAGCCAGUGCCUUCUAAGCAGCCAGAUAAUAGUGGAGUUGGUUCUGGUGGGUUACCUAAUGGAAAAGUCGCUAGUUCGUUGAAUAGUAGAUCUUCUGAUGGUGUUUCCAAUCAAGUGGCCCGAACACCAACAUUCUUUGCUCAGGGACAUGAACAUGUUCUUAAUGAUCCAGUUGAAGCGAUGAGAAUAUCAGCUGGAAGGGCUCAAAAACAGCAGAAACCUUCAAAUCAAUCCUCAGUUGAUAAUACAGCACCUGAUAUACCAUCACUUCCGCCUGUAAGAAACAAUUCUAGCAAUGCUGCUGCUGUUGCAGCCCGCGCAUGGAUGUCCAUAGGUUCUGGGGGUUUUAAAGUACCGACUGAAAAUUCCACCACACCCAAAAAUCAGAUCUCUGCAGAUUCAUUAUACAACCCAACUCGGCAAAUGCAUCCCCAACUUCCUCGAGUUCAGGGGCAGUUUCCUCUUCCUGCAGCGAUGCAAUUUCAGGCUGAGAAGAAUAAUGUUCCAUUUCAGGCAUUUAUGCAGCCACCUGUUCAUGUAGGAAACGAUGGACAGUUUCAAAACAGACCUAUGGUCUUCCCUCAAUUUGUAGCGGCUGACUUGUAUAGGCUUCAGAUGCAAUCCUCAUGGCGAGGGCUAAGUCCACAUUCUCAGCCGAAUCAAAAACAAGAGACACUUCCUCCUGACUUGAAUAUUGGUUUCCAGUCUCCAGGAUCUCCAGUGAAGCCGUCUUCAGGGGUCAUGGUCGACUCACAGCAGCCGGACUUGGCCUUGCAACUCUGAGCAUGGAUGGGCUUUUUAGAGGAUCUGAAGAUUGACAAAGAUUGCUGAUGCUGAGGUAAUACUGGCUAUGGACUCAAGAACUCGAAAUUUUUUAUUCCAUCAUUACUCAGCUGCAUAAAGUGACAGCAUGCUGCUUGUUUCUUGGUGUGAUAGAGAGGUCUGGCGUACCUAAUAUGGUGUGGGUAUUUUAACACCAGUCUUGGAUGCAGAAGCUGGAAAUCCUGGAUUUAGUCCUUGGCUGGGUUCUUUCUGUCUGUACAGAGAGGGGAUUUUUGCAAUUACAAUAGAUGAAAUGACAAUUGGAGAUUCGUGGGAAGAUAAAUUUUUAAUAGUGCUGCAUAUGUUUGGUCUUUCUCCCAUCGAAGAUUACUGACUUAGAGCAGUCCUUAGUUUCUGUGAGAGAGUUGAAAAAGAAAAGCAGUUAAAGAAGUACAAGGAUUCUUGAUGUUUAGGACUAUAUCAUCUAUGGAUUACGUAUCAAAUGGGUCAUACAUAAGUUUCAGUUGCAGCUAUUCCAUUGUACAUUGGAUUCUGGCGGAUGAGAAUUAGUUGCUUAGAUUCUAGUCGUCUUUGAUUCCUUCAAUAUGAAUGCAUUCACAAUUUCCCAUCUUUUUAUAGCACCUAAUAAUUCACUCUCAUCUCAUAAGGAAUAAUGUUUUUUUUUU